AUGCUGAGUCACAAAGGGUUGGUAACGAGUGUGGCUCAGCAAGUUGAUGGGGAGAACCCUAACUUGUACUUAACAAGUGAGGAUGUUUCGCUAUGUGUGUUGCCUAUGUUUCAUAUCUACUCGCUCAAUACUGUGUUACUGUGUUCGUUAAGAGUUGGAGCUGCAAUUUUGAUCAUGAAAAAGUUUGAGAUUGUGGCCUUGAUGCAAUUGGUGCAGAAAUAUAAGGUGACAUUUGCACCAUUGGUCCCGCCGAUCGUGUUGUCGAUCACAAAGACCUCGGUUGCUGAAAACUAUGAUCUGUCGUCGAUCUCUAAAGUCAUGUUUGGGGCGGCACCCAUGGGAAAGGAGCUUGAGGAUGCCUUUAGAUCUUUGCUUCCCAAUGCAAAGCUUGGUCAGGGAUAUGGGAUGACAGAGGCUGGACCAGUGUUGUCAACGUCCUCAGCUUUUGCAAAGGAGCCGUUCGAUAUAAAGAUGGGAUCCUGUGGGACCGUUGUUAGGAAUUCGAAAUUGAAGAUCCUUGAUCCCGAAACAGGUGUCUCUCUACCCCGAAAUCAGCCCGAAGAGAUCUGCAUCAGAGGAGCCCAGACCAUGAAAGGUUACUUGAAUGAUCCUGAAGCCACAGAUAGAACCAUUGACAAAGAAUGUUGGUUACACACCGGCGAUGUAGGCUACAUUGACAACGAAGAUGAGAUUUUUACUGUGGACAGAUUGAAGGAAAUGAUAAAGUAUAAAGGGUUCCAAGUUGUUCCUGCAGGGCUUGAAGCUAUGCUUAUCAUUCAUCCCCACAUAUCGGAUGCGGCUUUAGUCUCCAUGAAAGAUGAAGUUGCCGGUGAGGUUCCAAUUGCAUUUGUUGUGAAAUCUAAAGGUUGCGAGAUCACGGAGUUUGAAAUCAAGCAAUAUAUCGCAAGACAGGUAGUGUUCUAUAAGAGGAUUAAUCGGGUAUUUUUUGUCGAUGCCAUCCCAAGGGUGCCAUCUGGGAAAAUCUUACGGAUGGAUUUAAGGCCAUAG